CGGAGAUUUUAUUAAUCGGCUGGUUCCUACAAUUAGUCAACUCGUAGAAACCAAACAUACCUUAUCCCAAUAUGCGCGUUUCUCUGUUGGCUCUGGUCUCUCUGACGACCCUUUCGUCGGCGUCGGCCUUUGUCGCCCCGUCUACCUUCCACUUUCGUCCUCGAGUGACCCUGCAAUCGACUGCCGCCACGGACUUCGACUUGAAUCAGUACAUUGCGGAUAAGCUGCCUUUGAUCGAAAAGGCCCUCGAUGAAUCCGUCGUAUCGACCGAGAAAGAGACGGAAAAGAUUGUCGAAGCUAUGAAAUACUCGCUCAUGGCGGGUGGCAAGCGGAUUCGACCGGUCUUGUGCUUGGCAGCCUGUGAAAUGUUCAACGACGGAGACUCUACACCCGCCAUGCCGGCAGCUGUUUCUUUGGAAAUGAUUCACACCAUGAGCUUGAUUCACGACGAUUUGCCGAGUAUGGACAAUGAUGAUCUGCGUCGGGGGAAACCCACGUGUCACGUGAUUUACGGUGAAGACGUGGCUAUCUUGGCCGGGGACGCACUUUUGUCCGAUUCCUUCAGACACGUCGCUGAGCAGACCAAGGGCGUCGCUGCGGACCGAGUCCUGGAUGUGGUGGUGCGACUCGGGCGCUCCGUUGGCGCCAAGGGUCUUGCCGGGGGGCAAGUGAUGGAUUUGGAAUGCGAAGGCAAGGGUUCCGCCACGCUCGAAGAUUUGCGUUGGAUUCACACGCACAAGACGGCGACCUUGCUGCAAGUCGCGGUUGCCAGUGGGGCCAUUAUCGGUGGAGCCAGCGCGGAAGAAGUAAAAGCGUGUGAACAGUUCGCACUUAACAUUGGUCUGGCCUUUCAAGUUGCGGAUGAUAUUCUUGAUGUGACGCAGAGCACGGAAGAACUAGGCAAGACCGCCGGCAAAGACGAAGAUACCGACAAGACUACGUAUCCCAAGCUUUUGGGCCUAGACGGUGCCCGGGAAGAAGCAGAGCGGCUGGUGGCCGAAGCCAAGAAAUCCCUGGAGCCUUUUGGUGAUCGAGCGACAGCUCUUUUAGCACUUGCUGACUUUAUCAUCAAUCGUAAGAAUUAA